AUGACCUCUCCGACAAUUGUAUUCAUCUCGGGCGCGAACCAGGGUCUCGGCUACGAAACAGCCAAGAACCUACUCUUGUCCGACAACUACCACAUCAUCAUCAGCAGCCGAACCCUAACCAAGGUCAACCAAGCCGCCGACAAACUUCUAGCCCUCCCCGGAAACAAGGGCACGGUGUCGACGAUCGAGCUGGACGUGGCCGACGACAAAUCCGUGGACGCGGCAAAGGCGCACAUCGAGUCGAAAUACGACCGCAUCGACGUCCUCGUCAACAAUGCCGGCGUCUACUUCCUGAACCGCGAGCCCGUGCGGGACACCCUGCGCGACUCGCUGGCUACAAACGUGGUCGGUGCCGCGAGCUUGACAGAAGCCCUGUUGCCGAUGCUCAGGAAGUCCAAGGACCCCCGUCUGGUGUUCGUCGGCUCCUCUAUGGGAUCUUUGGAGCAUAACCUGGACCCGAACUCGCCGCACGGUGGCACCUAUGCUUCGGAGUAUCGGAUCACCAAGACGGCCCUCAAUAUGAUGAUGGUCCAGUAUCACAUGAAGCUUGCCGAUAUCAAGGUUCUAGGGGCGGAUCCGGGGUUCUGCGCGACGGAAAUCGGUAACGACUCGGAGGCCUUUAGGAAGAUGGGCGCUAUGGAGCCUCAUGAGGGAGCGGAGUAUAUCGCGGCGGUUGCGAGGGGCGACAAGGAUGAUCAGCGUGGUAGAGUUCAUGGCCCGAAGGGUGUUGUUGUGUGGUAG